UGAAAUGACGUAAAGAACGUGUUCGCCAUAAUGAUAAUAAACGGUGAACACAAAGCUACAAUAAACCAGGUUAAGCGCUACUGGUGAUACGGCCAUCGAUGCAUUGAUAUUCACCAAACAACAAAUUAAGUAGUGACUCAUAUCGUGGAUUUAAAUCUCGGUGAAUUUGAGAAAACCAAGCAAGAACUGAGUGAAGCUAAGAGGCUGCAGGAUGGCAUCGGCAUCUGCCAGUGUGGACUCAAAGGCAGAGCUGACUGGUCUGCUGGAACAGUGGGAGAGGGAGCAGCAAGGCAGCACACAGGAGCUGGUUAACAUCCUCACAAAAAUCUCAGAGCUUGUUGAAAAGGAGACGGAGGAAUACCAUAAAGCAGACCCUGACCCUUUUGAUGAUCGACAUCCUGGGAGAGCUGAUCCAGAAUGUGUGUUAGGACACCUCCUAAAGAUUCUGUUCAAGAAUGAUGACUUCAUGAAUACGUUAGUGAACAGCUAUGUGAUGACAAGCAGAGAAUUUUCCCUAAAUGCAGCAGCUUGUCGCCUGCUGCAGAACAUCAUGCCUGGAUUGGAGACUGCUGUGGUGUUUCAAGAAAAAGAGGGCAUCGUUGAGCGGUUGUUUAAGUGGGCUCAAGAGGCUGAACAGCCGCUCAGAAUCUAUGCCACAGGCUUGCUGGCAGGUGCCAUGGAGAACCAGGAUAUUGCCGCCAACUACAGAGAGGAGAACUCCGUUUUGGUGCCUUUGAUGCUACAUCGGUUGCGUGAGCUUCAGGAUAAGGAUGCUGAGAACAAACGGGAUAUUAAACGACCCAGCCCCAGGAAGACUCUGAGUGAGCCUUUGUUACCUUUAGAUGAGGAGGCUGUUGAUGGAGGCUUUGAUGAGAUGCCCUUCACACCAGGCAGAAAUGGAGCUGAAAAAGAGGAGGUAGGGCCUGAAGAAGGUGGCGAAAUUCCCUUCACAUCCAUCGAGCCCGAAAGCGAGCUUUCGUUCCGUCUCAACUCCCCUCACAAGACGAGCAGCCGUGUCAACUCAGCUGUUAAAACCAUGAUGAAGCCCAUGUCUGCCCCAGGUUCUCUGAUACACCCAGGCAUGUCUGAUGGUAGCAGCUACCUAAGACGGAGGGCAGAAAGGGAGAUCGCCAGGACCUCAAAACAAAAGCUCAAUUUCUCUUUGUCAGAGCCAGAGAGGAACUUCAGUGAGCUUUCCAACAGCAGCUGGUCUGAGAUGAGCCCCUGGGUGAUUGGCAACAACUAUCAUCUAUACCCUCUAACCCCAGAGAUCGAACAGAGGCUCAUUCUGCAGUAUCUCACACCUCUGGGGGAGUAUCAGGAGCUUCUGGCAGUGUUUAUGCAGAUGGGAGCUCGUGAGCUACUGAUGCAUUAUAUGGAUCUAAAGCAGACCAAUGAUGUUCAGCUCACCUUUGAGGCUCUGAAGUAUCUGGCAUCACUGCUGCUGCACAAGAAGUUUGCUGCAGAGUUUGUUGCUCAUGGUGGAGUUCAGAAGCUGCUGGAGAUCCCCAGGCCUUCAAUGGCGGCUACUGGAGUGUCGCUGUGCCUCUAUUACCUAGCCUAUAACCAGGAUGCCAUGGAAAGGGUGUGCAUGUUGCCACACUCUGUGCUGUCAGAUGUGGUUGGUUACACACUGUGGCUGCUGGAAUGCUCCCAUGCGUCCGGCUGCUGCCACGCUACCAUGUUCUUCUCCAUCUCCUUCUCUUUCCGUGCUGUCCUGGAGCUUUUCGACAAGCAGGACGGGCUCAGACGGCUUGUCAACCUGAUUAGCACACUGGAGAUCCUGAACCCUGAGGAUCAAGGAGCGCUACUGAGUGAUGAUGAGAUUUUCUCUAGCAGGCAGACAGCCAAGCACACCUGUAUGGCGCUGCGAAGGUACUUUGAGGCCCAUCUGGCAAUCAAGGUGGAACAGGUGAAGCAAUCUCUGCAACGCACAGAGGGAGGUGCCCCCAUUCACUCACAGCCAUAUUACAAGGCAGUCAGCUAUAGCCGCGAACAGGUGGUGGAAAUGAUGGAGUUUUUAAUCGAGUAUGGUCCACUUAGACUUUACUGGGAACCAGCAGAGGUUUUUCACAAACUGUCCUGUGUCCAGUUACUCCUGCAGCUCAUCUCUAUUGCUUGUGACUGGAGGACCUACUAUGGGAGAAGCGACACAGUGCGUUAUGCCCUUGACAUACUUAGUAUCCUCACAGUUGUUCCAAAAACCCAACUGUUGUUGUCUGAGGCUGUUGCUGUGCUUGAUGAGGGAGGAUCAACUGUUUCCACUGUUGGCACGAGUAUAGUCCUGGCAGUAGCCGAGGGAGAGGUAUUUGUGAAUGAUGCUGAGAUUCAGAAGUCAGCUCUGCAGGUUGUCAUCAACUGCGUUUGUGCACCAGACAAACGUAUGUCCAGUAUUGGCAAGUUUAUUGCAGGUACCCCCCGUCGCCGCCUACCACAGCAGACCAAAGCCAACGAAAGUGUGCUCACCAAGAUGUGGAAUGUGGUGCAGUCCAAUAAUGGCAUCAAGGUGUUACUUUUCCUCCUGACUGUGAAGAUGCCCAUUACAGAUGCUGAUCAGAUCCGAGCUCUGGCCUGUAAAGCUCUGGUGGGUCUGUCUCGCUCCAGCACCGUCAGACAGAUCAUCAGCAAGCUGCCUUUGUUCAGCAGCGGACACAUCCAGCAGCUCAUGAAGGAGCCCGUUCUCCAGGACAAACGCAGCGAACAUGUCAAAUUCUGUAAGUUUGCAGCUGAGUUGAUAGAAAGGAUCUCGGGGAAACCAUUGCUGAUCGGCACAGAUGUGUCUCUGGCCUGGCUUCAAAGGGCCAGUGUGGUUGCUCAGUCCAGGAUCACCUUCCCUGAGAAGGAGUUGCUGCUGCUUAUUCGGAACCACCUCGUGGCCAAAGGCCUUCAUGACACAGCAACCACACUGACCAAAGAGGCAGAUCUCCCUAUGGCUUGUCUGUCACAUUCUUCACAUUCAACUUCAACUUUCCCUUCUGUUGCUCCUCCGCCACCUGCCACCCCUGUUGCUACUCUGCCCCGCACCCCACGGCUGGCCAAUGGUGUUGGGUCAAGACUAGGAAACCAUCCCUCUCAUUCAUCCACCUCCUCAUCCAGCCAUCCACAAACACGCCCUUCCACUUCACAACUUGCCGGGCCUCCUUCUAAUACUUUCCCAUCAACGUCUGUUCCACACUGUAACAGUGGCUCUCCACUGAUUGGACGCAUCGUUUUUUCUCGUGAACGGCAAACAGCGUGUGGAACAGUGAGCUGCAAGAAAGCCAGAGUGCUUCGACAGAAGUCUGACCACGGGGCCUUCAGCCAAAGUCCAGCCAUGAAGAAGCAGUUUGACAGACACUUGCCUUCGCCGCCGGCAUUAGACAGCAUUAUCACAGAGUACCUGAGGGAACAGCAUGCACGCUGUAAAAACCCUGUUGCAACCUGCCCACCUUUCUCUCUCUUCACACCCCAUCAAUGUCCCGAGCCCAAACAGAGACGCCAGGCACCCAUCAAUUUCACAUCCCGACACACACGGAGAGUCAUAUAUCCAAAAUAUGGAGGUGUAGAUGGAGGAUGCUUUGACAGACAUCUCAUUUUUAGCAGGUUCCGUCCCAUUUCUGUGUUUAGGGAAGCAGAUGAGGAUGAGAGCGGAUUCAUGUGUUGUGCCUUCUCAGCUCGUGAACGGUUUCUGAUGCUCGGGACGUGUACAGGGCAGCUAAAGCUCUACAAUGUGUUUACAGGCCAGGAGGAAGCCAGCUAUAGCUGUCACACUUCAGCAAUCACUCACUUGGAGCCUUCACGGGAUGGUUCUCUGCUCUUAACGUCAGCCUCUUGGAGUUACCCUCUGUCUGCACUGUGGGGCAUGAAAUCAGUGUUCAUCAUGAAGCAUUCCUUUCUGGGCGACCAUUAUGUGGAAUUCAGUAAGCUUUCACAAGACCGCGUCAUUGGGACUAAGGAACAUGUAGCACGUAUUUAUGAUAUCCAGACAGGUCAGGUUACUCUGACCCUCAACAACCCAGACUUGGCUAACAACUACAAGAGGAACUGCGCCACCUUCAACCCGACAGAUGACCUCGUCCUGAAUGACGGCGUUCUGUGGGAUGUGCGCACGGCUCAGGCCAUCCACAAGUUUGACAAAUUCAACAUGAACAUCAGUGGUGUGUUUCAUCCCAGUGGCCUGGAAGUCAUCAUAAACACAGAAAUCUGGGAUCUCCGCACAUUCCACCUCCUCCACACAGUUCCCGCUCUGGACCAGUGCAGAAUAGUUUUCAACAACAGUGGUACUGUCAUCUACGGAGCAAUGUUGCAAGCUGAUGAUGAGGACGACAUGAUGGAUAUGCAGAUGAAAAGUCCAUUUGGUUCAUCAUUCAGGACCUUCAAUGCCACAGACUACAAACCAAUUGCCACAAUUGAUGUCAAGAGGAAUAUAUUUGACCUUUGCACAGACACAAAAGACUGCUACCUAGCUGUGAUCGAGAAUCAAGACUCGGUUAACACGGACACUGUGUGCCGACUUUACGAAGUUGGCCGGCAGAGACUUGCAGAGGAAGAGGAGGAAGAUGAGGAGGAUCAGGAGGAUGAUGAUCAGGAGGAAGAUGAUGAUGAUGAUGACGAUUCUGAUGAUGAUGUUGAUACAGAUCCUCUUAUCGCUGAGAUAGAGAAUGAAAAUGGUGGAGAGGACGAGGAUGACGAAGAUGAGGAUGAUGGGAAUGAUGAGUUCUCUCCUUCUGAUGAGGAGGUUGCUCGUCUUCUUGAAGAUGAUGCUGAUGUUGGGAAUGAUGACGACGACGAUGAUGAUGAUGAAGAUGACUCUGACAAUGAUGAUGUUGAUCUUGAUGGUGAAAACGACAGCUCGGACAACUCUGACCUUGAAGAUGACAUCAUCUUAUCCCUAAACGAGUGAGGGAGGCCAUCAGCAUCUGAGACUGAAGAUCCAGAUAUGUCAGAGAAGCAGGGACGAAAAGAGGAUAAUAUCAGCAGAUAAUGUGGAAGAUAACAUGGAGCACUGCCAGUUUAAAACAGUGGGUGUAUAAACACUUACUGAUAAGAGUAAGAACAAGGUAACAGAUAUCAAAAGGGGGGAAGCAAUGCACACAUUUAGACUUAGGGUUGGACAAAAAUGAUUGUAUAUUAUAAUUUUAUGGGAAAAGUUUUGACUUGAUGAGUGAAAUUAACAGUGUGUAGAUGUGGUGAAAGAAAAGUUUUAUAAAUUGCAAUAGCUCUUUAAUGAGCUUCUUCAUUUGAUAUUGAUUCACUCACUUUAUAGGUUUCAGUUUGGUAACAAAUUACUGCAGUUUUUGUUGGAGAAGCAGCUCACAUUGCAGGGCUCAGGGUCUGUAAUGGUGUGACUGAGGACUCACUGCUCUCUUAAACUUCUACUUGGCAAGGCUGUGCCGAAUACUCACCAAAAAGUACAGAAAUAUCAAAUUAGGCAGCUAAUGUAAUGCACAACAUGUUACCGAUGGUUCAUAAAGCUUCAAAGCCCGCCCUCAGGUUUUAUUUUCCCCAUAAAUGUCCACCAAAAGGUCACAUCGAAGCAGGGUCACCCGGGAGCAGUGGCUCCUGAUUUCAACAUGUAAAUAGAGAAACUUGAUCAGCUGGGUGCUCUAACUGGUGUGGACACUGUAACAAAACAGUAGACACAUGCUAAAUGUCAGAAUGACAGCCAGAAGGAGGUCCUUACAUUUCACUGUUAUACCCCAGGUCCUACAAGGAUUUUGGUUACAUCCCCCCCAAAAGGAAGAAAAACAAGGAGGUUUUUGUGUUAACAGUCCAGUUCCAGUUCAUUUACCAUUCAGCUUAGUUAUGCUUAAAAAAAUUGGAAUUUUGUCAGAUUGACUGAUUUCUUAUGGGACUGAUGUGAUAGCAUGAAGCGUAUCUUUUGGAUUCUCGCUACACUGAGAGUAUAAAACUGCUCAAAUUCAGCAAACAUUUUUCAAUUUUUGUGUCUGCUGAAAAGUUUAAGACUUCUCAUUGAGUAAAACAAAUGCCUGGCACAUGCACACUUUAAGUGCAGUGCAAGCAUCAUGAUUUUUCUUAUGUUUUUGCCUUGUAUCAAAGUUUUUUCCUUUUUACUUUUUCCAUUGGGAGACAUUUAUUUUGAGUUUGUUGAAACGGUUUAUGUACAGGUUGUAUGUAUCUAAAGUAUUUUUACUAUAAAUAAAGUUGCAAGCUUUG